ACAUUUUAAAGAUGGCGGAUUUGAGGAAACUCGGGUUCAUUGGGACUAUUGGAGAUGACGAAGAAAUAUCAGUCGAACCAGAAAGUUCCGAGAGUGAAAACGAUGAAAUUCAGACAGCAAAGAAACAGAAAAAGAAGAAAAAAGCAAAGACUAAUGACAGUGAAUUUAAUACAAAGUUCAGUUUUACUGACCAGUAUGACCCAUCUGCCAAUUUUGAUUUUGAUUUUGCCCUGCGACAUGCGAGAAGAAAACAACAUGCAACAACUUUAGAUGAAAAGAUAGCCAAAGCAAGAAAACAACAGAAAAAGGGAGAGAAACUGGAAGAAAUUAUGGACAGUGAUGAAGAAGAUAUUGAAGAGGAAGAAGAUGAAUCUUCAGAUGAAGAAAUGAGGACAGACACAAUCAAAACAAAGGAAAAGAAAAAGAAAAAAGGAAAAAAGAAAAGACCUGGCUCAGACAGUGAAGAAGAAAAGGAAAAAGUGGAGUUCUCAGAAACUGUGGAUUCUUAUGAUGAGAAAUUGACAUUUCAAGACAUGAAUAUCUCGCGGCCAUUAAUGAAGGGUCUGGGUCAGAUGAAUUUUUCUAAGCCCACUCCAAUCCAGGCUGCCACCAUUCCAAUUGCACUCCUGGGUAGAGAUGUCUGUGCCUGUGCUGUCACUGGAUCAGGUAAAACAGUGGCCUUUAUGCUUCCUAUUCUGGAACGGUUGCUGUACCGGACACAGCAGGAGGCUGCCACCCGAGUCCUGGUUCUGGUGCCGACCCGAGAGUUAGCGGUUCAGGUUCACACAGUGGCCAGGCAGUUAGCUCAGUUCACCAACAUAGAAACAGUGCUAUCAGCUGGUGGUUUAGACAUUAAAGCACAGGAGGCAGCUCUACGCAUGAAUCCAGAUGUUGUUAUUGCCACCCCUGGUAGACUGAUAGACCACUUACACAACUCUCCCAACUUCUCACUGAGGAACAUAGAAAUUCUAGUAUUAGAUGAAGCUGACAGAAUGCUGGAUGAGCACUUUGCGGAGCAGAUGAAUGAGAUUAUCCGUCAGUGUGCCAGAUCCAGACAGACCAUGUUAUUCUCGGCCACCAUGACAGAAGCCGUGCAGGAUCUGGCCUCCGUCUCCCUGAAGCAACCAGUCAAAAUCUUCGUCAACCAGAACACAGACGUGGCCCUGGGGCUCAGACAGGAGUUUAUCAGGAUACGACCCAACAGGGAGGGGGACAGAGAGGCCAUCAUAGCAUCAUUAGUCAGUCGUACCUUCAGAGACCACUGUAUUGUGUUCAUACAGACAAAGAAACAGGCCCACAGAAUGCACAUUGUUCUCGGCUUACUGGGCGUCAAUGUGGGCGAACUUCAUGGCAACCUGUCUCAAGCCCAGAGGUUGGAGACAUUAAAAAGGUUUAAGGAAUCAGAUGUAGAUGUAUUAUUAGCCACAGACCUGGCAGCAAGAGGACUGGAUAUUGAAGGUGUCAAAACUGUGAUAAACUUUACCAUGCCCAACACCAUAAAACAUUACGUCCACAGAGUGGGAAGAACAGCUAGAGCAGGCCGCAAGGGGAGAUCAGUAACAUUGGUCGGAGAGCAAGAGAGAAAACUGCUAAAAGAGGUUGUCAAAAAAGCCAGAACUCCACUCAAGACGAGGAUCGUACCUCAAGAGGUGAUAUCAAAGUACAGAGACAAGAUCAAAAAGUUGGAAAAAGACAUCAUAGAAAUUGAGCAGCUGGAGAAAGAGGAGUCAUUCAUGAGGGCAACAGAAAAUCAGAUGAAUAAAGCCAAGAACCUGCUGGAAAAGAAAAACGGAAUAGACGAUCAAAAAAGAUCAUGGUUUCAAACACACAAGGAGAGAAUGCAAGAAAAGGGUAAAAAUGUACUGCUCUAAAAUGAAUGCAUUACU